AUGGUCCCUGGGCCUCCCCUCAUAAGGGGAAAUAGAUUUGCACUCUUGGCAGAUGGUCCCCAAUCGAAGAAAAAACGACCGAAUGUUAAAACAGUUACAGACUUUCCCGGACUUCCAAAAAUUCAACUGCCUAAUCCAAAAUAUGUUGUUGUUGCCUCUGCCAACGAUCUAAGACCUUUAACUGAGUUCUCUUGUUUUGCGGUGCAAAAAGCUCUAUACGUUAUAAGUAAAGAAAUUAUAUCGAUUUCUGAACUAAGAGAUGGUAACCUGUUGUUAUUAGUCAAAGACAUGGCUACUGCACAAAAGUUUAUAUCAGCUAAAGAUUUAUUAACUAUUUGCCCAAUCAAAUGUUUUCUUCAUAAGCAAUUGAACACAACAAAAGGAACUGUAUAUGCACCGUAUUUAAAUAAAAUCUCAGAAGAAGAAAUAGUUAAUGAGCUGAGUUCACAGGGCGUAGUUGAAUGCUACAAGUUCCCUAAAAUGAUCGAAGGCCAGUCCCAUCCCAGCGGAGUUGUUUUGCUAUCUUUUAACACAUUUAAUUUGCCCAAAAAAAUUGAAAUCUCUUGGCGUUCCGUUGAUGUGCGGGAGUAUGUACCAAACCUAAUGCGUUGCAAAUCGUGCCAGGUUCUUGGUCAUACUGCCAAGAACCUUUUCAUACAGAUGCCGAAACGCUUCAGCUUGUGUAAAUUGCGGUUUGCCUCCUCACGCCACGUUUGA